AGCUUUGACAACCAAUCAAUCCCUCAAUGUCACAAAGAAAGACCGUGUUUGAGCUAGCUGCAAUAGCAUGUUCAUUUUCCAAGGUCCUUGGUGGAUCGAUCAGAAUUCUAGAACGUGAUAUUGCUCAAUACCCUUUGGUCAAGUCAAUACGAGAAUGGGAUUCCACCAAACCAAUGUGGGAUGAAGUUCAACGUAAGGCACAAUCCAAAAGAAACAGCGAGAGCAACGUGAAUACUUCACAACCUCCAUUUCCUUCUAGUUUAAACAAGAAAGGAACUUCAUUUGAUGGAACUCAAAAACGUGCAUACUCUACCAAACCAAGCCAUGAAGAACAUGAAGAAGAGCAUACAAAUGUAAUUGGAGCUAAAGAGAAACCCAAAGGUUUCCAAAUGUCCCAAAGUGAGGUUCCUAGUUCUAGAUUAGCCCGUAUUUUCCAUUAUGGAACCUUGGCUGCCGGUAUGGGAUACGGUGCUGCCAAAGAAGGUAUAAAGGGAUACAUGGCUGGAAACUCCAAGGAUAUCACCAUGAAGGGACUUAUGUUAUCCCCAGGGAACAUUGAAAGAUUAGCCAAGAAGUUUUCCCAAAUGAGAGGAGCCGCCUUGAAGAUUGGUCAAAUGCUUUCCUUCCAAGAUUCUUCGGUCUUACCUAAGGAAAUCCAACAAAUCUUAUUACGGGUGCAGAAUUCGGCUCAUUAUAUGCCAUUGGGACAACUUGACCGAGUAAUGAAGGGUGAUUUAGGUAACAAUUGGCGUGAACGUUUGUUCACCAGUUUUGACGAUGUUCCUAUUGCCGCAGCCUCUAUUGGACAGGUUCAUAGUGCAAUCACCGAUGAUUUAACUCCUGUGGUGGUCAAGGUUCAAUACCCUGGUGUUGUUGAUUCGAUUGACUCAGAUUUGAAUAAUUUGCUCAUGCUAUUGACUGCAUCUUCCCUUUUACCUGCCGGGUUAUUCUUGGAUAAGACCAUUGCCAAUGCUAGAGUUGAAUUGAAGUGGGAGUGUGAUUAUAUUAGAGAAGCCCAUUAUUUGGUGAGGUUUAGAGAAGUGUUGCAGGAUGAUCCUGUAUUUGCUGUUCCUAAAGUUUUCCAUAGCUUGUGUGGAGAACAUGUAUUGACCAUGGAAAGAAUGAUGGGAACGGAAAUUGUUAAGGGAGACUGGGAUCAAGAAACUAAAGAUUGGAUAGCCACUAACAUCAUGAGAUUAUGCUUAUUGGAAAUUAAAAAGUUUAAAUUCAUGCAGACUGAUCCUAAUUGGGCUAAUUUCUUGUAUAAUGACAAAACGAAAAAGAUUGAAUUGUUGGAUUUCGGAGCUGCCCGUGACUUCCCCGAAGAGUUCAUUUCCAAGUAUGUUUCUGUGUUACGAGUUGCUGUCAAGAAAGACCGUAAGAGAGUUGAGGAAAUCUCGCGUGAGUUGGGAUAUUUAACUGGAUUGGAAUCUCCACAAAUGACUCAAGCUCAUGUUGAUUCUGUCAUGGUUCUUGGAGAAGCGUUCUCGCCAGUAGACAACAAAGGGACUCCAUUCAACUUCCGUGAUCAAACCAUUACUGAUAGAGUCAAGGGGAACAUUGGGUUGAUGUUGAAUGAAAGAUUGACUCCUCCACCAGAAGAAACAUAUUCCUUGCAUAGAAAGUUAAGUGGUGUGUUUUUGCUUUGUGCAAGAUUGAACGCUACUGUUCCUUGUGAGGAUUUGUUUAGAGAAAUCAUUGGCUUUGAAGAUUAGCUGUAAAUAUUUGUACAUAGCAUUACACAUUCUGUAAUAUCUUAGUUUUGACACAUUUUAAG